AUGGGGAGCGCUGCCUUUGCCCUGGUCCUCGCCCUGGCCCUGGCAGCGUGUGUCACCCCUGCAGAGAGGAAGUGCCAGCUCAGCGGGCUGUGGAGGAAUGAGCAGGACUCGCUGAUGGAGAUUUCAGCAGUGAGAGACGAUGGGGACUUCCAGGGGAGAUACCUCACACGGGUCACCCUUGCUGGUGGCUGUGCCCGCAUCUCCCCUCUGAAGGGUGCCCAGCAGCAGCCCGGCGAGGGGGGCUGGCCCACCUUCGCCUUCACCGUGCGCUGGGACAAGUUCUCCAAUGCCACCACCGCCUUCGCGGGGCAAUGCUUCGUAGACACGGGUGGAAAGGAGACGCUGACCACCAUGUGGCUGCUGCGCGAAGCUGUUGGGUCCCUCAAGGACGACUGGAAAGCCACGAGGGUGGGCAGAAAUGUCUUCACACGCAAACGCAUCCCGAAAGGAAAGAUCCUGCCAAGCUUGUCCCCAUCCUGUGAAGACACGUCUUCACCUGCCCCAUGA